GCACGUUUACGACACUUUACGCUUUAUCUUGUUCUACCAUAUUUUAUCCGUCGUUAAGUAGUAUCACUUUGUUUCUCGGCGGCCUAAACUCCCUUCUCUUCAGUGCGCCGGCGCGUUGCAUAUUACUGACUGGCCAAAACCAUGGCGAUAGUAGAAUAGGGAAAUAGCUCAAGCUCAAAAUAGAACACAACCAUACACAAACGGGAUCGUGAGAGAGAGCUCGAAUCUUUGGCAACUAAUGCCUUUUCAUUCAGUUCCCCGAACUUUUUAGUUCUUGUUUUGUGGCACCCACUUUGGAUUCUUUCUUUACGGGACCCUUUUUGGUGGUUUUAAUUUGUAUAUUAUCUUUGGAGUAUUUUAUGCCCAACUACUUUGUUGACAGCAGUAGUAGUUGAGCUCUUCAUUAGAACAAAAUUCGACUCAAGGGGUUGUAAAGAUGGAAUCUUUGGGUCAUAGUUACGAUUUUGUUUUUCCUGAUGAGAUACGACCGAAGGUUGACGCAGUGGACUCUUGAUAUUGCUUCGUUCUGAUUUGAUGAAGUGACGAGCUGUUUGAGGGAACAAUACCAUCAGUAUUUCUCUUGUUUGAAAUGGAGAGAGCUUUUAUGGUUCGGAGAGUUGGAGAGAAAUGGGAGGGAAAUUGAAUUAAGUUGCGCAUUUAUGAGAGGGUGUUGAUCGGAUUGAAGCGAGUAUUUGCUGCAAAGAAAAAGAAAGGAGGAGUGCUGAGUCUUUUUAGCUCUGGCCUUUCUGCUUCUUGAUGGCUCCAGCUGGGAAAAUCUCUGAAUUCCAUCGUGAUGAAAAUGACUGGUUCUGUAAUGCAAGUUUGCCGAGCGAUAUCACACUGGUGGUGGAUGGCAUGUACUUCCAUCUUCACAAGUUUCCUCUUAUUUCAAGAUGUGGAAGGAUAGCUAACAUUGUCAAAGAAUCUAGAAGUACCAUUGAUAAGACGUUCAAAGUACUUGAAGAAUUUCCAGGUGGUGCUGAUACAUUUUUCAUGAUAGUUAAAUUCUGUUACAGUGGCCAGGUAGAGUUUACACCAAAGAACGUGGUAAUGCUGUAUUGCGCGGCUGACUAUCUCGAUAUGACUGAUGAUUAUGGUGAAGAUAAUUUAUUGUCAAGGGCCGAAAGUUUCUUCCAUAAGCAUAUUCUACGCCAGUGGAAAGAUUGCAUUUUGGCUCUGCAAAAUUGUGAACCAGUUAUUCCAAGAGCUGACAAACUUCAAAUUAUAAGUAGGUGCCUGAAUGCUUUGUCUGUGAUGGUUUGUACUGAUCGCAGUUUAUUUGGAUGGCCCAUGAUGAUGUAUGGCCGUAUGCAGAGCCCUGGAGGUAGCAUCCUGUGGAAUGGGAUAAAUACUGGUGCAAGGAUAGAUACUAGUGAAUCUGACUGGUGGUUUGAGGACAUCUCCUGUCUCUGCAUAGAGUUGUUUGAGAAACUAAUUCAAACAAUGGCAGCCAAAGGAAUAAGGCCUAGAAAUUUAACACGUGCUAUUAUGUACUAUUGUAAGAAAUACCUUCCUGGUUUGGACCGACGUCAGGGAGGACAAACUGGUGUAUCUACAAAAGUUGUUAGUUUCAGCACAGCACCGGCUGCCAUUGAUGAAGGUGCACUCUUGCAGAGGGUUGUGAAGUUUCUGCCUGAGAAGAAGGGUAAAUCUUUUUGUCGUUUUCUACUGGGACUUUUACGUGUGGCUUUAAUCUUAGGAAUUAACCAUACAUACCAGGAUUUGUUGGAAAAGAAAAUAGGUAUACAGCUAGAAUUGGCAACCCUAGAUGGUAUAAUAAUACCUAGUUAUUCAGAUUCUGAUACUUUGUAUAACACUGAUUGUGUUGAGAGGAUGAUUCAUCAUUUUGUACAUUCUGAACCGAGUGUAACUUCUAUAUCUCCAAUAUCACUUGACCUUGAAACAUCUCCAUCAUCCGAGCGCUUGAAGAGAGUUGGUAAAUUGGUAGAUAAUUAUAUUGCAGAAGUUGCUUCUGAUGUGAACUUGAAACCUGGAAAGGUUCGUUCAUUGGCAGAGGCCUUGCCAGAAUCUUCCAGGUCUUUGCAUGAUGGACUAUACCGGGCGUUGGAUAUAUACUUUAAGGCACACCCCUGGCUCUUGGAGAAGGAGAGGGAGCAGAUGUGCACAAUUAUUGAUUUCCAGAAGCUCUCAAUUGAUGCUUGUGCCCAUGCAUCUCAAAAUAAAAGGUUGCCACUUAGAGUCAUAUUACAAAUCUUGUUCUUUGAGCAGCUGCAGUUGAGAACGUCUUUGGCCGGCUGUCUCCAUGCUUUGGAUGCUGAAAGUGCCCCUGCAGCUUCAGCUACUGCCACUAACGAAAUAACUGAUCAAAUAGCUCAGCGAGGCGGGUGGGUAACAGUCAUCCAUGAGAAUCAGGUUCUCAAAGUGGACAUGGCAAGAAUGAGGUCUAGAGUCGGAGAACUAGAAGAAGAAUUCAGUAAAAUUAAGGAAGAGAUGAAAAAGGUGAAGAAGUCACAUAGUUACCAUAGUUCUCCUCGCUUUGUAACUGGAGGGCUUGGAUGCAAACUGCUUCCAAGGUCUUCAGAUGCCCAAUCUGGCCUUGUGGAGAGCUCGGUAGCAACACCAAGAGCGUUGGUUGAGCAGGCACAACCGUCCACCAGUCAUGCUCCGCACCGGCAUAGCCUCUCUUCGUUUUAGGUAAAUAUGUGAUUAGAGAAAUCUAUGUAACUUGCAUCAAGCUUCGCUACAGCUGGACUUGGUAGAGUUUCCAUGUAGAGUCCUUGGGGGGGGG